CGGAAGUGAACGGAACUCAGGAUCAGCUGUUUGUGGAGGAGCCGUGAUCGUGUUUGUUUGAAGAUCUUCACCUCAGAGUAAGAUGGCGUCCCAGGUGCGUCUGCGGCUGCUGCCCGGCGCCCGGUGUCUGUUCGACGAGCCGCUCCACGUGACCGUGGCCGGGCUCAGGUCCCAGCAGGUGGUCUCCCUCAGGGCCCGGGCCACGGACGAGAAGGGGCUGGAGUUCAGCUCCACCGCCACCUACAGGGCGGACGGGAGCGGGGACAUCGACCUGGGCCGGGACCCCUCGCUGGGCGGCAGCUACCUGGGGGUGGAGCCUAUGGGUCUGCUGCGGGCGAUGAGGACGGACGCCGCCCACAAGAGGUUUCAGAAAACAAACGCCCUGAACCCCCACGUGGUAAAGUUCUCUGUGCAUGAGGUGGAGGGGGAGGGCCGCAUGCUGGCGGAGGUGGCCAAUGAGAGGCUGCUGAUGGCGGACGGCGUCAGCAGGCGUCCUAUCAGAGAGGGGAACAUCCGUGGCGUCCUGUUUACUCCACCUGGAGAAGGUCCGUUCCCGGCGGUCUUGGACCUCUACACGUUCGGCGGAGGUCUAUCAGAGAAGAGGACGUCUCUGCUCGCCAGCCGGGGCUUCGUGGUUCUGACCGUGGCGCUGUACGGACACGACGACAUGCCCAGGAGCAUCAAAGAGGUUCAUCUGGAUUAUUUUGAAGAAGCAAUUGAGGUUUUAAGAAAGCAAGAGAAGGUGGGCAGUAGAGGAGUCGGUGUAGUGUCUCUUUCCAAAAGUGGAGAUCUGGCUCUCUCCAUCGCCUCCUUUCUGCCGCACGUCGACGCCACCGUCUGGAUCAACGGCUGCUCCGCCAACACGGCGUUACCCCUCUACUAUAAGAAGAAACCCAUCCUCCCUCCGUUGAUGUGCGACGUCAAGAAGGUCGUGGUCACUGAGUCGGGCGCCUACAUCACCAAGGGCGGCAUGCACAGCGCCUGGGCGGAGGAGAACCAGGCCGCCGUCGUCCCCAUUGAGCGGGCGCCGGGACGUUUCCUGUUUGUAGCGGCGGAGGACGACCUGAACUGGGACAGCAAGGCGUACCUGGACCAGAUGGUGGAGCGGCUGAAGCUUCACGGGAGGCAGAACUUUGAAAGUGUUAGUUACCCUGAAGCAGGGCACUACCUGGAGCCCCCCUAUGGGCCCUACUGCCCCUCCAGCUUCCACGGGCUUCUGGGCAAACCCGCGGCGUGGGGGGGUGAGUCCAGGUCCCACGCGGCCGCUGAGGUUCACCUGUGGAAGAAGAUCCAGGAGUUCUUCAGAACCCACCUGAGCUGUGAUGGUGUCACGCAGAAUAAAGCCAAGUUGUAGAUCGUGGAACAAACAUCAACGGCCUGAUUGUGCUUUGAUCCUUAAAACACUUACUUCCUGUUGUUUAUCACCUCGUCAUCGGCCGGACACGUUCUGUUUCCUGGUUUUCAUCCAUCCAUUCCUCUCUAGUGAACACGAUAUCUCAAGAACGCCUCAAGACCAUUUCUUCACCUUCGCCACAGACGUUUGUUUGGACUCAGAUGAAUUUAGAUUUUUGGUGGUGAAAGGUGAAAUCAGCUGUGACCUUAAAUAACACAUUCCUGCCUUGUGAUACCUCAGGAACAUCACCGGAGAACCUUUAGAAUUCAGUUCAAACUUUCACUUGGACCAGAGAUGAAUUUAGAUUUUGCUUGUCAGAGGUCAAGCUCACGGUGACCUCACAGGAUUCUGGGAUCAAAGAUGUCUGUAGACGUGUACAACCACAGGGCCGCAAAUCUAUUUGUUUGACUUUAACCUUGUGAGAUAGUACAAGAGAAAUAAUAAUUUUUACAAAUCAGGCAUAUUAAAGCGACUGAUAUUUAGGAGUGUGUAUAAUUUGGUGCAGCUUGGCUGAGUUGUAGCUUCCUAUUGUGCCUUGAGUGUGUUACACUGUGUGUGUUACACUGUGUGUGAGCUACAGAACAAACCAGACUGAAAUUCUUGUAUCAUUCAACAUAUUUGUGCAACAACACCAUCUGUACUGAAUCGUUAAAUGCAGGCGUCUCAUUGGUCAGCGGAGAUGAGCAGCGAUCGUUCACACGAGGCUGCGACAGCUCCAGCUCCCGUGUGACUGCGACCGAACAUGUGAACGCUGUUAAAUCGUCUUCUUCUCUUCUACGCCCACGUGUGAACUCUUGAACCUUCACUUCUGUCGCUCUCGUCUCUUUCAUCUCCUCGCGUUGUUUAAUCACAUAUUUUACCAAAGCAGAAGCCCAGUGUUCUGGAUGUGCCUGGAAUGAUCCACAAAUGCAUCGUGACUGGCUGCAGCAGCAGAAACAAACAUCCCAUCACCACACGGCUGUUUUCUGACUGAAUCAGCUACAGUCCGCCUCUGACAGGAAAUCCAUCGUGACGCCUGUGAUUGAAGCUGCCGACUCCUCGAGUACACGGCGCUGAAACUGCUGUGUUUCUGUAAUACUGUAAUGAGGAAAAGGAAACAGGAAGUGGAAACAAACAGAGCAAACAUCCUGACGCUCAAACACGUGUUUUAAUGUGACGCGAAUAUAUUUUUGAGGGUUGAUAAAUAUUUACUGCCACGUGGGUUCAAACAGGAGUUUCAGACUUGUGUUACUGAGCAAAAGGUAUUGUGUCGUAGCAGAGAAGCUGGAAUCAUGUUUGUAUGAUUAUGUUAAAACACUGAAAAAAUUUAAAAUGGAUAUGUGACAGAAUUUGGAUCAUGUUCCUCAAUAAGAUGAUAUUCUAUUAAAUAAAAGUAAUUUCCCGGUGAUAUGAAAUAAAACAUUGAUUUUACAA